CAAGUCAGGUUUAUUAGUUGAUUACUGAAUGUCAUCUGAUUACUAUUAUUGUUGAAGAUGGCGGAUUUAUUGGCCGUGCCGUUAAAACGGCCCAGUGAUGUUGAUGUGAUUAAUCCAUUGAAAAACCUCAUACAAUCGCGGUACAGCACAGCAGACAAUCCGGAAAACUGCACGGAAGCGGUGAACGAGUUUUCCAAGUUGCGAAACAAUGCCAUUUGGAAGGCUUUCGAGAAGUACGAAAGCUCUUUGGAGAUUAUUUAUGGAUAUUACGAUCAACUAGUGGCGUUGGAAGGUAAAAUUCCAUCUCAAGAACUGCAAGUGCCGUUCAAAUGGAAGGAUGCUUUUGACCGUGGCAACAUUUUCGGCCACAAAGCCAGCCUGACCGUUGCCUCGCUCAGCUAUGAAAAAGUAUGUGUGCUAUUCAAUAUAGCCGCCCUGCAGAGCUCGGUAGCUGCCGAACAGAGCGUGGAGAAUGAUGACGGUCUUAAACUGGCUGCUAAGUUGCUACAGCAAGCUGCAGGGAUAUUCAGCUACUUGAAAUCGACCGUGAUGCUGUCGAUUCAACAGGAUCCCACUCCAGAUUUGAAUCCUGACACCUUAGGAGCGCUGUCGCAGCUGAUGCUGGCUCAAGCACAGGAGAUGUUUGUCCUUAAAGCUAUACACGAUAACAUGAAGAGCUCAAUUGUGGCGAAACUGGCUGCGCAAGCCGACGAUCUGUACGCCGAGUGUUUGAAGACAUUCCAAAGAGAAAACCUGAGGUCCAUGUGGGAUAAGGAGUGGAUUCCGAUGAUUGGUGGCAAACAGGCGGCAUUUUCAGCAGUAGCUGAAUUCCAGCAGAGCCUGGUGGCCCGAGAGCGGAAAUCAGUUGGUGAAGAAAUCACCAGGUUGCGGACAGCAGUAGAGAAGUUUACGGCGGCCCAGUCGCGGUCUGGAAAGAGCGUGUUCAGCGACAUGCUGAAUAAGGCCCAGCGCAAUUUGGCUGAAGUGGAAAAGGACAACGAUUUUAUCUAUCAUGAAAGGGUGCCAGACUACCGGUCUCUAGAAGCGAUUGGCAAAGCGCCGCUGGCCAAAUCUUUACCGUUGGCGGAGAAAAUGUCGCAAAAUUUUACAGAUCUUUUCUCCACUCUGGUGCCAGUUGCCGUCCACCAAGCGUUGGCUUCAUAUGAUUUGCGCAAAACCGAGAUUGUCAACACGGAAAUUUCCAAGCUGCGCGAAUCCACGCAGGAACUCAACGGAAUCUUGGCGAGUUUGAACCUGCCGGCAGCGAUCGAAGUGACCGAUUCCAGCACUGGGCUGCCGCCGUCCAUUCUGGAGAAGGCUCAAACGGUGUCUGGACUAGGGGGCAUCGACACGCUCAAAAGAAUGAUCGAGGAAUUGCCCGAGUCGCUGAAGCGAAACCAGGACAUAAUCGAUGAAACUGACCGGAUGUUGAAUGAGGAGAAAGCGGCGGAUGACGCUUUAAGACAACAGUUUAAGGACCGAUGGACUAGAACACCCUCAGAAAAACUGACUGAAAUGUUCAGGUCGAAUUCGGGCAAAUACAGGCAGAUAAUUAACAAUGCUGUGGAGGCAGAUAAACUGGUGCAGAACAAAUUCAACACCCACAAGCCAAUGAUCGAGCUGCUGAGCAAACCUCUGAAUGAUCUGGAGACAUCGUUGCCCAGUGGAAAUGGCGGAGACGUUCAAAAUUCGUCUGCGGUCGGCACUCUGAGAUCCCUGAUGGAGGAGGUGGAAACCAUCAAGGCAGAGCGCGACAGCAUCGAGUCCGAACUGAAAAGUGCCACCACCGACAUGAAGGACAAAUUCCUGCUGGCGCUUGCCAAAGAUGGCCAAAUCAACGAGCCGCCUCUAUCUUAUCAGGCCCUGGGGCAAGCGUACGGCUCUUUGCAGAAGCAGGUAGCUGAAAGCCUGGCAAAACAGAAGGGGCUAGUUGACCGGAUCAGGGCAGCACAUCAGCAGUUUGUCGCUGAGCGGGGAUCUACAGUGGGUGGGCGCGAAGCUAUGAUGUGUCAGCUGGCUGCAGCUCACGACGUGUUCCGCGAUUUGCUGAACAACCUCAAAGAAGGCACAAAGUUCUACAAUGACUUAACGCAGUUGCUGGUGACUUUCCAAAAUAAAGUCAACGACUUUUGCUUCGCGAGGAAAACCGAGAAGGAGGAGCUCAUGAAGGAUUUGACUCAAGAGAGCAGCCGAACUGCUCCGGCCGUUCCUCCGUCCACGCCCAGUUAUUAUUCAGAUCCGAAACCAGACAAUUCCGCGCCUGCAGCAUCUGGAGGCGCUGCUCCUACGCCCGCAGGACCUGGACAAGUUCCCUCCAACUUGCCCUACCCUGUAUACGUGCAGGGCAUGCCUUUGCCCUACGGAACGGCCGCUAACGCUCCUUACCCGGUAUACGUGCCUCCUCCAAUGCCGCAGAGCUACAAUCCGUAUGGAACAUGGCCAGGAAACUACCAGAACUAUCCUCCUGGCACUUACCCUCCAGGAACUUACCCACCAAAUUCGCAGCAGCCAGGUUACCGGCCACCCUGGUAGUAGAUUUCUCGGUGUUUAUGGUAAGGAAAUUUGAAUUGUUUAAUUGUUUUUCCAAACGAAAUUUAUUUUGCGGUUACUGUGCUGUCAUGUUAUAAUUAAUUAGUUAAUAAUCUGUAAAUUUCAGCAGAUUAGCAACCGAUUGCCUUUGUUAAUCUGUGUCUUUGUAUUUUUGUAGUGACCAUAUAUGCAUUUUUAUCCGACUGUAAGUUGUUAUCAAUUAAUAAAGCUCUAUUAUACAUAAA